AUGUCCGAACAAAAAAUCCUCCACCAACGCUCGGCUGUGAUACACUCCGAAGCAGCUCAAGGCUAUGGAGACGACGGGGUUCCUCACGACUCGGACGACGAGCCUAUGGUCUACGAGAUUCCUGUAGACUACGCAGCUUUGACACGCCAAGAUCGCGACCAUCUUAUCGCCGAGGGCGCCGAUCCUGAUUCCGUUAUCCUCCAAAGCGAACUACACAAUCAUGUUAUACGGCGAGAAGGCGAGUCUAUUGACGACUAUACGAAGCGUUACACCGAUACUAUGAACGCUAUGAUUCGUCGCGGCGUUUCUAUUCUGAAUGAUCUGCUUACUGCUGAUAUGCUGCCAUCCGGAUUCGGAACUGAAGAUGGGAGGUUUUUCGAUUUGGGCCCGGAAUCGGGCGCGACAAAGAGGGAGUAUCGAGAAUUUAGUCAGUGGCUCGAGGAGGUAUCGGUAGCAGGACAGACGUCUGAGGUGCCGGAGAAGUGGUUGAAGUUUGAGAAGCCAGCGGGGUAUUUGAAUUAUGACCGCGGGGAUAGGCCAUGA